AUGCAGCAACAAGAACGACGGGACCAGAGAUAUUCGCAUCCUCUGAAAUCAGACCAUGUUGCUCUUGGCUGUGCGUUGAACAAAUAUGAACGUACUUUCCAAGUCGAGAACCCAACACAGUCGUACGAUUUGAUCCUCAAAGUUUCGUAUGAAGCCCUCGCAAAGGAGUUACAAGCUCUGCCAGCUGCUACGGAUACGGAAGACGCAUCCUCACUUCUAGACAAAGAGAGCAGCGCAUUCGGAGCGAGCAUUGGCACCUGGCCACCAUUCCCAGAUACCGUUGAGGCGAUGCGAAAAUUGAAGCAGCGCUAUAAGCUUGUGCCUUUAUCGAAUGUGGACCGCGCUUCUUUCCAGAAAACUCUCCAUGGCCCAUUAGGCGGAGUGCAUAAAGGGUUAAAGGAUGGGGAGGCCUUCUUCGAUGCCGUAUAUACGGCGCAGGAUGUUGGGUCUUAUAAACCAGACCCCCGAAACUUUGAAUAUCUGUUAUCGCAUUUGAAGUCGGAUUUUGGAGCAGCCAAGGAUGAUGUUUUGCAUGUUGCGCAGAGUUUGUUCCAUGAUCAUGAGCCGGCGAAAAAGUUUGGACUGCAAAGUGUGUGGAUCUCAAGGGGGGAGGGACGGGACGGAAUGGGUGGCAACGUGGCUGAAUACCUUGGGGGUGAUAAUGCGAAAGUCGCAUUUGGUUGGCGAUUCAAUACUCUGGGUGAGCUGGCAGAGGCUAUCGAAAGGGAAUCGGAAGGGGGAGUCUGA